UUGAAUAUACUAUUUUGUGCCUUAGCGAGUUCUGAAUGUAUGUUAUUUACGACCAACUAAAAUACUCACAUUGUUUACGGAAAAUGUUUUGGUUGUUCCCGGUCCAUUUCCAAAAUUAUCUACUUGAAAUGCAACUAUUUUCAUCGGCGGCAGAACAGCUUGUCCCAACCAGAACCAGCCCCUACAGCAUCUCGCUGCCUUGGGGCUGGCUGCAAGUUACUAUGGUGACAGCUCAGCCCCUGCCUUCUGGCUGCUGGAGCGGGCGGGAGGAUGCUGCACAUCCCUGCAACUUCGGCAACGGAACAACUGGGGUGUUCGAUCAGCGCGUCCUCAGCACCCUGCUACACCGUCACUGGGGCUGGUCAGUCAUGCAGGGCUCACCCCGGAGGCGUUCAGCUGCCAGUAUUUUUAGCAACUUUUUCCAGGGCCGGAGGCAUUCUUCCUCCGAUCCCCUUCUCCGCAUAAUCCAGAGGCGCCGGAGCUCAGUGGUAGAGGUACUCUCAUCAUCAACUCAGCGCGUUAUGGUGGCGAUAUCAUCUCUGAGCCCCGAGGAGCUGGAUGCAACUUUCCCUGAAAAAAAGAGAAGUUCAAGGCGUCCAACAGCAAAAUACACUAAAGUAGGGGAGCGCCUUCGCCAUGUCAUUCCUGGUCACAUGCAGUGCUCCAUGGCGUGCGGUGGACGUGCUUGCAAGUAUGAGAACCCAGCUCGAUGGAGUGACCAGGAGCAAGCCAUUAAAGGGCUCUACUCUUCUUGGAUAACAGAUAACAUACUGGCUAUGGCUCGACCCUCAACAGAAUUAAUUGAAAAGUACAACAUUAUUGAGCAGUUUGAAAGAUGUGGCAUAAAAACCAUAAUUAACCUUCAGCGUCCUGGGGAGCAUGCGAGCUGUGGGAAUCCGUUGGAACAAGAAAGUGGUUUCACUUACCUUCCUGAAGCUUUCAUGGAGGCUGGAAUUUAUUUUUAUAAUUUUGGAUGGAAGGAUUAUGGAGUGGCAUCUCUCACUACUAUACUUGAUAUGGUAAAAGUCAUGGCUUUUGCGUUGCAGGAAGGAAGGGUAGCUGUUCACUGUCAUGCAGGACUGGGUCGGACAGGUGUUCUAGUAGCUUGCUACUUAGUUUUUGCAACAAGAAUGACAGCUGAUCAAGCAAUUCUUUUUGUCAGAGCAAAAAGGCCUAAUUCUAUUCAGACUAGAGGGCAGUUACUGUGCAUCAGAGAAUUCACUCAGUUUUUGAUUCCUCUGAGAAAUGUGUUUGCAUGCUGCGAGCCCAAGGCACACACGGUGACACUGUCCCAGUACCUGACCCGCCAAAGACAUCUGCUCCAUGGUUACGAGAGCAGGCAUCUCAAACACGUGCCAAAACUCAUUCAUCUAGUUUGCAAACUGUUGCUAGACUUGGCAGAAAAUAGACAAGUGAUAGAAGCAGAACUGUUAGAUAUACCAGAUCUCUCAGCUGAAAUUGAAAAGACUGUUUCUCAGCUGGUGUCUGCACAGCUAGAUAGCGAACUGGCAAGGCAAGACAGUGACACGUCGGACUCCUCCCAUGCCCACUCGGCCACCUUUGAGACCCAGGAUUCGCUUUUCUCCCUGGCACACGAAUGUGAUCCUCUUUGGAAAAGAAGGAAUGUCGACUGCCUUCAGCCUCUCACUCAUGUGAAAAGGCGUCUUAGCUAUAGCGAGUCAGACUUAAGGAGAACCGAGUUCCUCUUAGACCAAGCAGAAACUGUGUGGACCGUACCUGCUCAGAUAUUACGGUGCAACAGACUUAAACAGAACAGUGGUGAGGAGUGUUCUGCCACAGACAACCAAAAGCCACAGCUGGAUUUAAACAAAGAAGCAUUGGUGCGUAAUACAUGUACGAUUUGGAGUCAAACUAAAUUUAAUUUGGAUGGGCGAAAAGAUGGAUCUUCAGUUCAUCAUAGAAGGAACUCUACCAAAGAAGUACAACGCAGCAGAACUUUCUCUUCAGGUCUGUCAUCUAUCCACACUUCCAGGGAAACUAGAACACCACGGCAAAAUUUUGCCAAUGAGAUUGGUCACAGAAAAGAACGCAUGACUAACAUGUACAGCAGAAAAGUCUACGUCUCCGAGGACUCUGAUUCUUCUUCUUCUAAAGUGAACUUUUCCAUUGGAUGCGAAAGCCAAGGUAGCAAAGAUCUGUCAGAGGCAAUUCCACACAUUGUUCUGCAGUCAGAAUUAAGUUUGGAAGGCCGAAGAGUUUUGGCAGCAAAAGCACUUGCAAACAUAAAUGAAUUUCUGGAGGAGGAAGAAGUGAAGCAGAAGGUAGAAAUGUGGCAGAAAGAAUUGAAUUCUCGAGAUGGAGCUUGGGAUAAAAUCUGCACUGAGAGAGAUCCUUUCAUCCUCUGUAGCUUGAUGUGGUCCUGGAUUGAGCAACUGAAAGAACCUAUUAUAUCCAAAGAUGAUAUUGACAUGUUGGCAAAAAAUUGCAUAGAAUCACAAGAUGCACUUAACUUACUAAGAAAGGAACAGUGUCAGACUAUCCUUUGUAUUUUACACUGUGUGGUGAACUUGCAAAUGCUACCAGCUGAUGUGGAGGAGGCCUUACUUGCUCGUGCUAUUAAAGCUUUCACUAAGACAAGCUUCGAUUCCGAAAAUGGACCCUAUGUUUACAAUACCCUGAAAAAAGUAUUUAAACAAACACUGGAAGAAAAAAGAAAAAGGCUUAAGGAAGGAACAGAAAAUCCCUCUUGAUUUCUGCAUGGCAGUGCUGAAGAAUUAGAUAGGUCUACCAAAUUAUUUUGCAUUUUCCAGCUACUGUAUUCUGUGCUAUUUGGUAUGAUUUCCUUAACUUCAGGUGACAGUAGUUACUAACAAAACAUAUUUUUUUUUUAGAGGGAGCUUUAGUGACAAUUGUUCUAUCUACAUGGUUCUAACGAACAGCUCCUGUAUGACCGUACUGUAGCAUUUUGGUUUCAAGUACUAUGCUUUUAUUUUGUGAACUGUUCUCUUGUCUUCAGAUGUAUUUACUGAUUUAGACUCCUCUGUCAUUGGCAAGCUAUGCUAUUUUCAAGUUACAAGGUUGCCAUAAAUUCAGUGCCAUGGUACUUGAAGGUUUAAUGGAUUGAGUUAAUGUUUAUGCGUUAACAUUAAAUAUGUUUACAUUAAUGUUACUUGAUUUUACUUUGCAGAAAAAUAAAUUCUGACUGAACUUACUAAACUUUUCCUUUUGGAAAAUUCAAAUCAGGACAAAUAGUGAACAGAGUUUAGGGUCUACUAUUAACAGCAGAUACAGUUCUUUUCUUGUAGUUACUUUAAAUAAUUGUCACAACUGUAUUUCUAAAAGGUGUUGCAGAAGAGAAAUACAUUACACAUAUUAGGUGUGAAGUUAGAAAGGUCUUAAGUUAGAUUUUUUUUUUAAUGGAAGAUAGGCUGUGUCAUCUUAGAUACUUUGAGUAAGAGCAAAGUUUUACCUUACUAGUUAAACUUUUAUAGACCUUAUUUUAAGUGGAAAAAAUAUGUAAUUAUCAAACAUUAAAAAGGAUAUAAUUCUCUCUGUACUAAUAUUCAGCAAAAACUUAUACAGAAAUGUAACAGAAUAACGCUCAAAAAUAAUCAAUGAAAAUCUUAUCUA